AUGGCGCCGGCAGUCACGAGGCAGUUGCCUGAGAAGCGCAAUCCCUUUAUGACCGCGGAGGUGCCAAACCACACCGACCUUGUUUCACGGCGCCGCCUGGGCCAGACCCAGCUGACCGCGAAGAUGGUCGCGGCCCUGCCCGGCGCCGAGGUCGACCCGUCCAACCUCGGUGUCUUCGACUACGCUCACCUACGCGCUCCUCUGCCCAAGGGCAUCGUUUCCGGCAUCUUCAAGUCGAGCCCGAAUAGCUACUUCCUCAUGCGCCGAAGCAACGACGGGUUUGUCUCUGCUACUGGAAUGUUCAAAGCAAGUUUCCCGUAUGCCAUGGCCGAGGAGGAGGAGGCAGAACGUCGGUUCAUCAAGUCUCUGUCGACUACCAGUCCCGAGGAGACCGCCGGCAACGUGUGGAUACCUCCAGAGUCUGCAAUAAGCCUCGCUAAGGAGUACGGUAUCGAGCCUUGGAUCCGCGCUCUGCUGGACUCCGCGGACAUUCUGGUGUCGAACGCGACCGAAAACAGCCCCCCGAAGCGAAUCAGUGCUCCUCCAAAAUACUUUCCUACCGCGUCCGCCACCACUCUCGUCCCGCCUACGCCGACCUCUAUGCGAAGCACGCGCAGCCGCCGAUCAGCCAGCCCCACCAAGGCCUCCUCAAGUCGCCGCAACGUUACCGCGAGCCCGCGCAAGCGAUCCGCUAGAACCGCAGCAUCGCAGCCCGAGGCGAGCGAGACACCGAGCAGCAGCCGCAAGACCUCUCUCACCAACGGUGACAUCCCAGUCCUCGCCCCUGGCGAGGCUCUCAAGGUCGAGGAGCUCAAGGUUGAGCAAGUUGACAAGGGGCUAGCUGGCACACUCGAGACCGUCCAGGAGGAGCCAAAGGUGAAGGUGAACAUCGAUCAGGACGUUAAGGUCGAAGAAGAUGGCACCGAAGUCGAGCGCACCAAGGUGGGCCUUCAGAUGCCCUUCACCGCAGGCGGACCUCCAAGUGCGGACGACGCAGCUCGGAUGAUUGAAGAGGCGAAGGCUAUGGUCGCGACUGCUCAGGUAGAUGUCGCCGAAGCUUCCGCCGAAGCUUCCUCCAAAUCUGCUAAGGGCAAAAGGAAGGCAGAGGAUUACGAGGCUGACAUUGAGGAGGAGGGUGCGGAGGGCGAGACCACUCUCGCUCUUCGACCGAGGGCAAAGAAGGUCAAGACCGAGGUCGAGCUGCGCAAGGACAAGGUGAAGAAGCGCGCGUUGGUGGGCAUCACCUUUACGCUGGCAGCCGGAGCUUUGAUCCCCUAUGCGAUGAACUUCCUGUGA